UGAUACUCCGGCUCACGGUGUCACUGGCCCUUAUAAACCCAACAAAGAAAGUGGCGGAGUCGGGGGUAAUUAUUGUACAAUUUUGUCAUCUGUUGUGAGUUAAUAUAAUGUUGGAGUAACUAUCAGUGGAAGGUUGAUGAGACGUAUUUUGUGGAAGACUACCAGGGUGUGUCUUGCCAGACACUAUUUCUUCAGUACUUCAAGAAAGGCAUCAGCUGUUCUUCUUGUGAAUUUUUAACUAGCUGUUACUAAUUAAACAAUUUUGAUUUUGAUAUUGGGAAUUCUAUCUAAAAAUGCAUGGCAGUUAAUUCUUUGAGGGUUCGUUUUGUAGUUCUAUGACUUUUAAGCUGGGAUCCAAGCUGUAGUACUACAUCAUGAGCUCAGCUUACUCAGAUAAGCUGUGAGUAGUAAAUUUGGGCCUAAAUAUGAGAGAAUGCAUCUACGUGGUAAAUGUGCACCAUAUAGAACAAAUCCUGCAGCAUGCAGUGCAUAAUGAGAAAAAAAAAAGUGCAACUGUGUUUUUGGAUUAAAAUAGCAAAUUUUUGGUGUAUUUUCAUAUGUUUUUUAUGGUAGCAUUCACUGUUUAUUGGUCUCAUUUGAUGGAAUAGAAGAUGUAUUACAGAAAUGACUUUGAUGGAUUUUAGUACUGAAAAUAGCUUGAAAUUGAGUUCAGAGUAGUAGAAAUGUUCUAUUUUUCCUGAUAUUAGAGGAUAAACAAUCACAUCACGUGUGCAGUACACAUCAGCUGGUGGGUUUAAUGUGUGUUGCUGAAUGCACUGAUAUUAUUUAUACAAUUAUUACAAUAUUGAAUAAAAGUAACUUUUCUAGUUUUUUAGUGUGUAUAAAAAUAAUUUGUGAAUAAAAAAUCAAAAUGAAAUUCAUCUGUAAAGCCUACAAAUGUAGCUAAUAAGUAGUAGAAAUGUUAGUUUAGUGCCAGGUUCCCUGCACUGAUUAUUCUGGACCCUAUUUUGAAAUUGUAAUAUUUUGAAUUUUGUGUGAAAUUGGCUAUAUUUCCAAUUUCCAAUCACUUUAUUUGGAAGUUGAAAUAGUUGAACUGGGCAAUUUUAUGUGCUCAAUAGAUAAUCUGGAACACAUACUAGUAAAAUAGCUAAGAAUUUGGUCUAGUGGAACUAUGUAAUUGGCCAAAAACAUGACUCAAAGUGGGCAAAAUUGCCAAUGCAUAAAUAUUUCUGACACAGCAAAAUUUACAGGAGUAUAACUUCAUCAAUUCUUUAUAAAAUUAUUUUAUUUUAUUACAUUCAGAGAAAGAUUCUCUAUGAUUUCCUAAGAAAAAAAAUAAUUUUUUUUAGACCCUGUGGGGAAUUUUCAGACUGGGGGUCUGAACCCUCAAAGAGUCAAUAAAAGAAUACAGAAACAUUUGUUUAAACACAAUAGCAAAUAAUAAUAAUAAUAAUCAUAGUAAUAAUAAUAAUAAUUAUAAUAAUAUUGUUGAGUGUAUCUGCAGUGUUCUAGUGCAUAUAUUAAUCUCUUAACACAAAACAAAAAUUAUGAUAGUGUUUUAACAAAUAAUAUUAACUUUAAUAGUGCUCAUAAGUAGGAAAAGUUUUGCCUAAAUAAAUCUUAACAUGGGGAUAUGUUCAUAAGGAAACCAUGUGUUCAGUGUCCAAAAUAGUUAAAAAAAUCAUGAAAUAGAGAUGUGAGUAUAUAAGGAAGAUUAACAAUACCUCUGUUGUCUGACUAAAAUAUUUUAAAUAAAAUACCUUCAUUUAAAAAAUAUGGAAAAACAUAAAGAACAUAAACUAUAUGAAUGUUCUGAGUGUCUGAAAUGUUUUAGUAAAAAAGGGAAUCUUCAGACACAUGCAAGAGUACAUACAGGAGAUAAACCAUAUCAUUGUUCUGAAUGUCUGAAAUGUUUUAGUAGAAAAGACAGUCUUGUGAAACAUAUUAGAGUACAUACAGGAGAUAAACCAUAUCAUUGUUCUGAAUGUCUGAAAUGUUUUACUGAAAAAUGCAAUCUUGUGACACAUAUGAGAGUACAUUCAGGAGAUAAACUAUAUAAAUGUUCUGAGUGUCUGAAAUGUUUCAACAAAAAAAGCAGUCUCGUGACACACAUGAGAGUACAUACAGGAGAUAAACCAUAUCAGUGUUCUGAGUGUCUGAAAUGUUUUAGUGUAAAAAGCAGUCUUGUGAAACAUAUGAGAGUACAUACAGGAGAUAAACCAUAUCAAUGUUCUGAGUGUCUGAAAUGUUUUAGUGAAAAAAGCAGUCUUUUGAAACAUAUGAGAGUACAUACAGGAGAUAAACCAUAUCAGUGUUCUGAGUGUCUGAAAUGUUUUAAUCAAAAAAGCAGUCUUGUGAAACAUAUGAGAGUACAUACAGGAGAUAAACCAUAUCAAUGUUCUGAGUGUCUGAAAAGUUUUAAUCAAAAAAGCAGUCUUGUGAAACAUAUGAGAGUACAUACAGGAGAUAAACCAUAUCAAUGUUCUGAAUGUCUGAAAUGUUUUAAUCAAAAAAGCCAUCUUGUGAUACACAUGAGAGUACAUACAGGAGAUAAACCAUAUCAAUGUUCUGAGUGUCUGAAAUGUUUUAAUCAAAAAAGCCAUCUUGUGAUACACAUGAGAGUACAUACAGGAGAUAAAUCAUAUCAAUGUUCUGAGUGUCUGAAAUGUUUUAAUCAAAAAAGCUAUCUUGUGAUACACAUGAGAGCACAUACAGGAGAUAAAUCAUAUCAAUGUUCUGAGUGUCUGAAAUGUUUUAAUAAAAAAAGCCAUCUUGUGAUACAUAUGAGAGUACAUACAGGAGAUAAACCAUAUCAAUGUUCUGAGUGUCUGAAAUGUUUUAAUCAAAAAAGCAGUCUUGUGACACACAUGAGAGUACAUACAGGAGAUAAACCAUAUCAAUGUUCUGAGUGUCUGAAAUGUUUUAAUCAAAAAAGCAAUCUUGUGGCACACAUGAGAGUACAUACAGGAGAUAAACCAUAUCAGUGUUCUGAGUGUCUGAAAUGUUUUAGCAAAAAAAGCAGUCUUGUGAAACAUAUGAGAGUACAUACAGGAGAUAAACCAUAUCAAUGAUCUGAGUGUCUGAAAUGUUUUAGUGAAAAAAGCAGUCUUCUGACACACAUGAGAGUACAUACAGGAGAUAAACCAUAUCAAUGUUCUGAGUAACAAAAAAAGGCACAAUACCGUGACUGGAACAAUACACAAAUAACCCGCACAUAAAAGAGAGAAGCUUAUGACGACGUUUCGGUCUGACUUGGACCGAAAUUAAGACACAUGUGCGGCAUCUGGGUGUCUUUGUUGUGGACAUUUCGCCAUCCAGUGGUUGGCUGGAUGGCGAAACGUCUACAAUAGGGAUGCCCGGGUGUUGCGCAUGUGUCUUAAUUUCAUCUUGUGGGUAUUAUAUACCAUUCUUGUACUACUACUACUACUACCACCACCUCUUCCUGCCUAUAUAUAGCCAUCCUGCUCCACUUCUGGUUAGUGUGACUUUGUAAAUGGUCCAAGUUGGACCGAAACGUCGUCGUAAGCUUCUCUCUUUUAUGUGUGGGUUAUUUGUGUAAUGUUCUGAGUGUUUGAAAUGUUUUACUGAAAACAGCAAUCUUGUGACACACAUGAGAGUACAUACAGGAGAUAAACCGUAUCAAUGUUCUGAGUGUCUGAAAUGUUUUAAUAAAAAAAAACAAUCUUUUGACACACAUGAGAUUUCACCUGGAGUUUACCUGGAGAGAGUUCGGGGGUCAAUGCCCCCUGCAGCCCGGUCUAUGACCAGGCUUCCUGGUGGAUCAGAGCCUGAUCAACCAGCCCGGCUGGUCAGGUACCGACUUUAGGUGCUUGUCCAGUGCCAGCUUGAAGACUGCCAGGAGUCUAUUGGUAAUCCCCCUUAUGUAUGCUGGGAGGCAGGUGAACAGUCUCAGGCCCCUGACACUUAUUGUAUUAUCUCUUAACGUGCUAGUGAAACCCCUGUUUUUCACUGGAGGGAUGUUGCAUCGUUUGCCAAGUCUUUUACUUUCGUUGUAAGUGAUUUUCAUGUGCAAGUUCAGUACUAGCCCCUCUUGGAUUUUCCAGGUGUAUAUAAUCAUGUAUCUCUCCCACCUGCAUUCCAGGGAAUACAGAUUCAGGAACUUCAAGCGCUCCCAGUAAUUCAGGUGUUUUAUCUCCGUUAUGCGUGCUGUGAAGGUUCUCUGUACAUUUUCUAGGUCAGCAAUUUCACCUGCCUUGAAAGGUGCUGUUAGUGUGCAGCAAUAUUCCAGCCUAGAUAGAACAAGCGACCUGAAGAGUGUCAUCAUGGGCUUGGCAUCCCUAGUUUUGAAGGUUCUCAUUAUCCAUCCUGUCAUUUUUCUAGCAGCUGUGAUUGAUACAAUGUUAUGGUCCUUGAAGGUGAGAUCCUCCGACAUGAUCACUCCCAGGUCUUUGACGUUGGUUUUUCGCUCUAUUUUGUGGCCGGAAUUUGUUUUGUACUCUGAUGAAGUUUUAAUUUCCUCGUGUUUACCAUAUCAGAGUAAUUGAUGUCUGCCUGGAGCCUUGCAGUAUCUGAAAUGGAAGAGACUGUCAUGCAGAUUUGGAUGUCAUCUGCAAAGGAAGACACGGUGCUGUGGCUGACAUCCUUGUCUGUGUCAGAUAUGAGGAUGAGAAACAAGAUAGGAGCAAGUACUGUGCCUUGUGGAACAGAGCUUUUCACCGUAGCUGCCUCAGACUUUACGCUGUUGCCUACUACUCUUUGUGUUCUGUUUGUGAGGAAAUUAUAGAUCUAUCUACCCACGUUUUCUGUUAUUCCUUUAGCACUCAUUUUGUGCAAUAUUUUGCCAUGGUCACACUUGUCGAAGGCUUUUGCAAAGUCUGUAUAUAUUACAUCUGCAUUCUUUUUGUCUUCUAGUGCAUCUAGGACCUUGUCGUAGUGAUCCAAUAGUUGAGACAGACAGGAGCGACCUGCUCUAAACCCAUGUUGCCCUUGGUUGUGUAUUUGAUGGGUUUCUAGAUGAUUGGCGAUCUUGCUUCUUAGGACCUUUUCCAAGAUUUUUAUGAUAUGGGAGGUUAGUGCUGUCAGUCUGUAGUUCUUUGCUAUUGCUUUACUGUCCCCUUUGUGGAGUGGGGCUAUGUCUGUUGUUUUUAGUAACUGUGGGACGGCCCCCGUGUCCAUGCUCCCUCUCCAUAGGAUGGUAAAAGCUCGUGAUAGGGGGUUCUUGCAGUAGAUACACUAGAUAAACCAUAUCAAUGUUCUGAGUGUCUGAAAUGUUUUAAUCAAAAAAGCCAUCUUGUGAAACACAUGAGAGUACAUCAUCUUUCUUUCAACAAACCGGCAAUAUCCCACCGAGGUAAGGUGGCCCAAAAAAGAAAAACGAAAGUUUCUCUUUUAAAAUUUAGUAAUUUAUACAAGAGAAGGGGUUACUAGCCUCUUGCUAGUAAAUAAACAAGAGCAAGAACUAGAAAGAAAAUAGAAGAAAACCCAGAUGGGUGUGUAUAUAUAUGCUUGUACAUGUAUGUGUAGUGUGACCUAAGUGUAAGCAGAAGUAGCAAGACGUACCUGAAAUCUUGCAUGUUUAUGAGACAAAAAAUGAGCACCUAAAGUCAGUUCCUGAUCAGCCGGGCUGUGGCUCGUACGUUGGUUUGCGUGCAGCCAGCAGCAACAGCCUGGUUGAUCAGGCUCUGAUACACCAGGAGGCCUGGUCACAGACCGGGCCGCGGGGGCGUUGACCUCCGGAACUCUCUCCAGGUAAACUCCAGGUAUCAGUGUUCUGAGUGUCUGAAAUGUUUUAAUCAAAAAAGCAGUCUUGUGAGACAUAAAAGAGUACAUUCAAGAGAUAAAACAUGUUAGUGUUUAAUGUUUCAGGAAUAUUUUAGUUAUGAACUCAUCAGAAUAUAUAAAAGGGAUAUACUCUAACAGUGUUGAGAGUGAAAUAUGUUAAUGAAAUGUCAGUCAUAUAAAUCAAAUAAGUUCAUAGAGGAGAUAAGUUGUAUUAAUGUUCAGAAUAUCUUAUAUAUUUUAUAAAAAGAUCAGUCUUGUGUACUCAUGAGAGCUAAUAUAGAGUAUAAACAAUAU